GACGUAGGCGCCUCUUCAUGUUUUGGCAGUUUCUCACCGAUAAAGCUACACGGAUAUAGAGCCUAUCAAGGAGACAGACCACCGGGAUUUUUCGUGGUUAUCCACGACAAAGCUACGAUGCUACUGACUGGGCAGUGACUGGCAGUGUGAGCUGGUUAGUGGUGCUUCACAAUGGCCGAUGGAAAUGAUGAUGAUGUCAUCCACCUGGCCAGCUUCAACGUGCACCGGAGCCAAGGCUCUCAUUCGGGUCAAAAGGAGUUAAUCACCAUUUCCGACGACUCGGAUGAAGAGCCAGUGACCUUUUUACCCGGCAGUCCGGUUUUAGUCCCAGACGAUGGCGAUGACGACGACGUUAGCAUACUAGAGGUACCACCUCCGGCACGCAGGAACAUAAUCCGCCAAGCAGCCAAAUGGAGCGGGAUCUUGCACAACCCGGGUCAAAGCAGCGAGAUGGCCACCGCCGGGGACCCAGGCUCCGCUGUUUCUACCUCCAGAGACAUCAGGACGAACCAGCAGGCCACACAGACAUCGACCGCUGCGCCCUCUGCCCCGACGUUGCACGCACAGCUUCAGCCAAAGCACCACACGUCCGCGCGGCACCGGGACAACACGCCGGCCCAUCCCGCCGACACCCCGUCUACCUCUAAGCCGUCUGGGACAGCUACCAUUUUUCAGGUUCAGCCGAGCACAUCGGGACUCCUCCUGGGCCCCUCGGCGUGCGUACCGCGGCGUCAGAGACAUGAAGCUGCAACCGUGGCGUGUUCCUCCGCCAAGCCUCAAGAGACGGCGAGUACGUCCGGAUUCGUUCUGGGCCCCUCGGCGUGCGUACCGCGGCGUCAGAGACAUGAAGCUGCAACCACGGCGUGUUCCUCCGCCAAGCCUCAAGAGAGGGCGAGUACGUCCGGAUUCCUUCUGGGCCCCUUGGCGUGCGUACCGCGGCAUCAGCAACAUGAAGCCGCAACCGUGGCGUGUUCCUCCGCCAAGCCUCAGGAGUCGGCGAGUAAGAGUGGACGAGCAGCAGUGGAUGGUACUCAGGCCAGUACGUCAUCUGCACACGCACGGACUCAGCCUCAGCCUCAGCCGGGCACGUCUGCGCAGCCCAAUGUCUUCCAGGUGAGCCUGGUCGUGCUUCCGCAGCCGCCCAGCAUCCGGGCGUCGGCGCUCAUAACCCAGCCGCAGCAGCGGCCCAAGAACUUUCCGUCGCACAAUCAGCCGCAGGGCAAUCUGGUGCAGAUCGAGCCACAGCCCCUGGCCCAAGCCCCCGCCCAGACGCCUCAGGCCGCGCCCGUCGUCCCGCCCGCAGUUCUAAUCGCCGCUGCCCCGGAAAGAUUAGGUUCUCCUGAGGCGGGUCACCGAAUCAUCCUGGGGAGCCAGGCGCCAGCGGAGGCCGUCCCGGAUCCCCCGCCGCAGGCCUCUGUGGCAGCGGCGCCCACCCACGAAGUCCGGCCGGUGCCCCAUGACCGAGGAGGGGCCGCUGGGCUCGUCCUGGCCCCAAAUCCAGAGCAGGUAAAUCCAGCGCCGGCUCUGGUGGCCGUCCCCCCUGCACCCGAGGCCGUUCCCCAGAUAGAGGACGCCAGACCCGGACCCUCGGUGCCGCAGGGCAGACCGGACCAGCAGCCUCACGUUAGAGCCCUCAUCACUGGAGUUCUGGAUCUACUCCCAGACGUCCAGGAAGCGUAUGUAGCAGAACUGAUCCUGAGGAAUAAUGUGAAAGACUUGAAUGUGAUCUGCAACCUGCUGCUGGAGAAUCCAGAGUAUCCGAGGAGGGAGGCGGCUGCGGCCACAGCCGCUCCCACCAGCAUCCUGCUGGAGUCAGGAGACGUGCAGGCGGAGGUGACUGAGGACCUGUUCGACUACGCCAAGCUGAGCACGGUGGGGCCCAUGGUAAUCAUGCAGGCUGCCGACUUGCUGAUGGCAGACUUCAGGAUGCUCAGCUGUCAGGACAUCAAAUGGGCCCUGAACGCCCUGAAGGGACACUAUGCAAUCACACGCAAGGCCUUAUGUGAAGCUCUUAAGAAGUGGCAGGAAUCCGGCGACCCGUCCGGAAAGAGACGACGGAGCAGGACCUCGUCGGAGCGCUGCUACAUCGAUUUUCAUUUUGAGCACGGUUCUUACAGGUUGGACAGAAGGAUGUAUUUUUUGGAGAACGACCGGCGCUACUGCAGGACGUACAACAAUCUGGAAGGUUCUGUCCAAAAGGAGCUGUCCUUCUAUCAGCAGAAGACCAAGGAGUGGGCAGAGCACGAAGACUUCCUCCUUGCUCUGCAGGUCAACGAAGAUGAAUAUAAGAAGGACGGUCAGCUGAUCGAGUGCGGCUGCUGCUACGGGGAGUUUGCCUUUGAGAAGAUGACGCAGUGCUCGGACGGACACCUGUUCUGCAAGGAGUGCCUGGUUAAAUACGCUCAGGAGGCCGUGUUUGGCUCCGGCAAGUCGGAGCUGAGCUGCAUGGAGGACGGCUGCCCGUGCUCCUACCCCAUGUGCGAGCUGCAGAAGGUCCUCCCCGACAACAUCCUGUGCAAAUACAACGAGAGGCAGGCGGAGGAGGCGGUGGCGGCCACCUGCGCCGACGAGUUAGUGAGGUGUCCGUUUUGUAACUUCCCGGCCUUGUUGGACAAAAACAUGUCUCUGUUUAGCUGUCCCAACCCGCGCUGCCGCAAGGAGAGCUGCAGGAAGUGUCAUGUCCAGUGGAAGCAGCAUGUGGGAAAAACCUGCGAACAGGUUCUGGAGAGAGACGAGAUCCGCAUGAGAGUUCUGUUCGAGGAGCGGAUGACGGCGGCGCGGGUCAGGAAGUGCGUGAAGUGCGGGACGGGCCUGGUGAAGUCGGAGGGCUGCAACCGGAUGUCGUGCCGCUGCGGCAGCUUCAUGUGCUACCUGUGCCGGGAGCCCAUCACGGGCUACAACCACUUCUGCCAGCACGCCCGCUCCCCCGGCGCCCCCUGCAGGCACUGUCGCAAAUGCUCGCUGUGGACCGACCCCACGCAAGACGACGAGCGAAUCAUCCAGGAGAUCCAGAAGGAGGGCGAAGCUGAGCUGAGCAAGAAGUGUACAGAUAAUUCAGGGAAGCGGGUCGGCCCGCCUCCUGAGGCCAUCAAAGACUCUAAACGGCCCCGCGUGGGUCCGCCCCCGGAGAACCCCCCACAUCCCAACGCCCCGCCCGCGGCCCCCCACGGACCCCAGGCGGUACAGGCCCCCCUGUUCGUCCCCCCUCGCGCCCACUACCACCCGCCGGUGCCGCAGGGCCGGAUCUACCACCCCAUCAUCAUCCCGCGGUUGCCCCCGGCGCCCUACGUGCCCCCGCUGCAGCACGUGCCCCCCCUGAACAAUAACAACAACAACAACCAGCACAACCACAACCCGCCCUUCAACAUGGACAUGCCCAUGCACUACGGACCCCCGCCACACUACUACAGACGCUACUGAGAGCGCGAACCGAACCGACGGACCGCUGAGGCAAUUUCUGUCCGGUUUCUACAGAUAUUUUUGAGUAAUAAAAUUGUGUAGAAGUGCAAAACGACAACAACAAAAGAAAUACGUUGAAUUCCCUUCUGUAUUUUUGUCUAACAGGUAUGAAUUUUCUAAUAAUAAAGUUUUCUUCAUGAUGCCUCAGAA